GUUGCCAUGCCUCGCGAAUUCGCCGAGCCAGACUCCAACAACUCGUCGCUGGUGACUGCACAAGGCGCUAAGCUGGCUGGUUACAGUGCCAAGGAGAUAGCGUUUCUGAGGAAGCCCCAAAAGGCAUUCCAACUGGGGAGGAUACCCGCUAAAGCACU